CCGGUGCGGACGUCUCGCUGCUCUCCUCUUCUUGCGCAGGGCACUUUAUUUUCUCUCCACAUAGGUGACGGAGAAAAAUGUCGAUCCUGAAAUGAUGCUGCUGCCAUUCCUGAGGAGGAAUCUGCGACUCACCGGGACCAAGUACGGCUGCGGAGGCGGCGGCUGCGGCGCCUGCACCGUGAUGGUCUCGCGCUAUGACCGCGGCACCAGGAGGAUCAGACACUACCCAGCCAACGCAUGCCUGACACCCCUCUGCUCACUGCACGGCGCAGCUGUCACCACAGUGGAAGGUGUGGGAAGCACGAGGACUCAGCUCCACCCUGUGCAGGAGAGGAUUGCCAAGAGCCACGGCACGCAGUGCGGCUUCUGCACCCCCGGGAUGGUGAUGUCGCUGUACACGCUGCUGCGCAACCACCCGCAGCCCACGGAGGAGCAGCUCCUGGAGGCCCUGGCGGGCAACCUGUGCCGCUGCACGGGGUACAGACCCAUCCUGGACGCGGGCAGGACUUUCUGCAAGACUUCAGGCUGCUGCCAGAGUAAAGAAAAUGGAGUUUGCUGUUUGGUCCAAGGAGUAAACAGACUGCCAGAACCUGAGGAAGGAGGCCAGACGAGUCCAAAGCUUUUCCCAGAAGAGGAGUUUCUGCCGUUGGAUCCAACUCAGGAGCUGAUUUUUCCUCCCGAGCUGAUGAUACUCGCUGCGAAGCAGCCACGGAGCCCCCAGGUGUUCACAGGGGACAGGAUGACCUGGAUCUCCCCGCUGACCCUGAAAGACCUUCUGGAAGCCAAGUCCAAGUUUCCCCAGGCCCCACUGGUCAUGGGCAACACCUCCGUGGGACCCGAAAUGAAAUUUAAAGGUGUCUUCCAUCCAGUCAUAAUCUCUCCUGAUGGAAUUGAAGAGCUGAGCAUUAUAAAGCAUUCGUGCGAUGGGCUGACCCUGGGUGCUGGCCUAAGCCUGGCCCAGGUGCAAGAUGUCCUGGCUGAUGUGGUCCAGCGGCUUCCAGAAGAGAAGACACAGACAUUCCGUGCGGUCCUGAAGCAGCUGAGGAUGCUGGCUGGGUCCCAGAUCAGGAACAUGGCUUCUUUAGGGGGCCACAUCUUGAGCAGGCAUCCGGACUCAGAUCUGAACCCGCUCCUGGCUGCAGGUAGCUGCACCCUCUGUGUGCAGUCGCAGGAGGGAGCCCGACAGAUCCCGCUGGAUGAGCGCUUCCUUGGCAAGAGCCUGGGCAUGGAUCUCAGGCCUCAGGAGGUCUUGCUGUCCGUGACUGUCCCCUACUCCCGGAAGUGGGAGUUCGUGUCCGCCUUCCGGCAAGCCCAGCGCAAAGAGAAUGCGCGAGCCAUAGUGAACGCAGGGAUGAGGGUCUUCUUCAGGGACGGGGACGGCAUCAUCACAGAGCUCUCCAUCCUAUACGGUGGUGUCGGCCCGGCCACUCUCUGUGCCAGGGAGGCCUGCCGGAAGCUCGUUGGGAGGUCCUGGAGUGAAGAGACUCUGGACGAGGCCUGCAGGCUGGUGCUGGGCGAGGUCACCCUGCCCGGCUCGGCCCCUGGAGGCCGGGUGGAGUUCAGGAGGACCCUGCUGGUCAGCUUCCUCUUCAGGUUCUACCUGCAGGUGUCCCAGAGCUUGAGCCACAUGGACCCAGGUCGCUAUCCCAGCCUGGAGGGCAAGUAUGAGAGCGCAUUGGAAGACCUCCACCCCAGAUGUGGACAUGGCUGGGGAGCAUUCAGGUACCAGAGGGUGGACCCCAUGCAGCUUCCUCAGGACCCCAUCGGCCGCCCCAUCAUGCACCUGUCUGGGGUCAAGCACGCCACUGGGGAAGCCAUCUACUGCGAUGACAUGCCUGCAGUCGACCAGGAGCUUUUCCUGACCUUCGUGACCAGCUCAAGAGCCCACGCCGCCAUUGUCUCCAUGGAUCUGUCCGAGGCGCUCAGCCUGCCAGGCGUGGUGGACAUCGUGACCGCCAAGCACCUUGGGGACGUAAACUCCUCCACAGAGACACUGCUGGCAACAGACAAGGUGCUGUGUGUGGGUCACCUUGUCUGCGCUGUCAUCGCAGACUCUGAGACUCGGGCAAAACAGGCUGCUGAGAAAGUGCGGAUCGUCUACCAGGACCUGGAGCCGCUGGUCCUCACCAUCCAGGAAGCUGUCCAACUCAAGUCCUUCUUGGAGGCGGAGAGGAAGCUGGAGUGUGGAGAUGUGGAGGAGGCGUUUAGGACGGUGGAUCGAGUUCUGGAAGGUGAGGUCCGGGUGGGUGGCCAGGAGCAUUUCUACAUGGAGACUCAGAGCAUGCUCGCUGUUCCCAAGGGAGAGGACCAGGAGAUGGACAUCUACGUGUCCACACAGUUUCCCAAGUACAUCCAGGACAUGGUUGCCUCGACCUUGAAGCUCCCGGCUAACAAGGUCAUGUGCCACGUGCGGCGCGUUGGCGGCGCCUUCGGGGGCAAGGUGGUCACAACCAGCAUCAUGGCAGCCAUCACUGCAUUCGCAGCCCACAGGCAGGGCCGUGCAGUCCGCUGCGUCCUGGAGCGAGGAGAAGACAUGCUGAUAACCGGCGGCCGCCACCCUUACCUCGGGAAGUACAAGGUGGGGUUCAUGAGCAACGGCCGGAUCACGGCCCUGGACCUGGAGCAUUACAGUAAUGGGGGCCACUCCCUGGACGAGUCCUUGUUCGCGAUAGAGAUGGGUCUUCUGAAAACGGAGAACGCGUACAAGUUCCCCAGCCUGCGCUGCCGGGGCCGCGCCUGCAGAACCAACCUCCCGUCCAACACGGCACUGCGAGGCUUCGGCUUCCCCCAGGCGGGGUUCAUCACAGAGUCCUGCAUCGUGGAGGUGGCGGCCGAGUGUGGCCUGUCCCCGGAGGAGGUCCGGGAGGUAAACAUGUACCAGGGCACCGAGCAGACACCCUACGGACAAGAAAUCAACACCGAGGGCCUGGCCCGCUGCUGGCAGGAAUGCAAGGCCAAGGCCUCCUUCGCCCUGCGGCGGGCAGCCGUGGACAAGUUCAACUCCGGCAGUCCCUGGAAGAAGAAAGGGCUGGCCAUGGUGCCCCUGAAGUUCCCGGUGGGCGUGGGCAACGUCGCCUUGGGCCAGGCCUCCGCCCUGGUCCACGUCUAUCUGGACGGCUCCGUGCUGGUCACUCACGGUGGGGUUGAAAUGGGGCAAGGUGUCCACACCAAAAUGAUCCAGGUGGUGAGCCGGGAGCUGAAGAUGCCCAUGGAGAACGUCCACCUGCGUGGGACAAGCACCGAGACCAUCCCGAACACCAACGCCUCGGGGGGUUCCGUGGUGGCCGACCUCAAUGGGCUGGCAGUGAAGGACGCCUGUCAGACUCUUCUAAAACGCCUGGAACCCAUCAUCAGCAAGAAUCCUCAGGGGACCUGGAAGGACUGGGCACAGGCUGCCUUCGACAGAAGCAUCAGCCUCUCGGCGGCUGGGUACUUCAGGGGUUACGAGUCCGACAUGGACUGGGAGAAGGGCAAAGGCCACCCCUUCGAGUACUGCGUGUACGGCGCGGCCUGCUCAGAGGUGGAGAUCGACUGCCUGACGGGGAGCCACAAGAACAUCCGGACAGACAUCGUCAUGGACGUUGGCCACACUAUCAACCCAGCACUCGACCGCGGCCAGGUCGAAGGCGCCUUCCUCCAGGGCGUGGGGCUGUACACCACGGAGGAGCUGAGGUACUCCCCUGGGGGCGCUCUGCACACACGGGGCCCCGACCAGUACAAGAUCCCCGCCAUCUGCGACGUCCCCGCCGAGCUGCACGUCUCCUUUCUGCCUCCAUCCGAAAGCUCCAACACCCUGUAUUCAUCCAAGGGCCUGGGAGAGUCUGGGGUGUUCCUGGGGUGCUCCGUGUUCUUCGCCAUCCAGGAUGCAGUGAGUGCCUCGCGGAAAGAGAGACACCUGCCCGGGCCCUUGGUGCUCAGCAGCCCACUGACCCCAGAGAAGAUCCGGAUGGCCUGUGAGGACAGGUUCACGGAGAUGAUUCCAAGAGACGUACCUGGAUCCUAUGUUCCUUGGGAUAUUCCCGUGUGAGUCGCGCGCAGCCUCUGGAGGGAGGCAUGGGUAGCUCUGCCCUCAGCACCCCGGCCAGUCCCCAUCUUCUCAGACAGAUUCACUCAGCUCGGAGACCUCCUCACACUGCUGCCUUCGCAGGAAGCCAGUCCGGAAGGCUCCCUGCAGGACUUGGUAGAUAGAUCGUGACAGCUCGAGUUAGAAGACAGAUGAUAGCUGAUAGAAGACAGAAGACAUGAUAAGUAAUAGGCUUAAAUUCAUAAAGCACACUGUACACGGGGUGAAUAUUAACUGUUUCCCUCAAGGGUGGUAUCUCAUUACUGUGUCCCUUGGAUUCACCCAAUAACUGCAAUACAUGAUGAUUUUAUGUAAUUUGUAUCUGAGUGUUAUUCUCCAACAAAAUUAUACUCUUACUGAAAGACAACUGUCUGAAUAAGUUUAGUACAUGCACUGCCAAAGGGAGCAUGUGAAUAAAUUUAUUAUCGGCGUAAACCAUA